AUGAGUUUUACUGACGAUUCUUCCGAUUUGGAUUGGAAAGAGUCAAGAAUGAAAACAAGUAAGUCCAUCAAACAGGAGCACCUAACAACUCAGAAUAAACCGAAAUAUGCACAAAAGUUCUGCCACAAGUGGUUGAGUAUAUUCAAACCGUGGCUCACGCGUUGUGAUGAUGAUUCUAACAAACCAUUUUGCCGAGCAUGUCAAUGCCGUUUAGAUUGCAAUCGCUGCCACCUACAACGUCACGAGCGCACUACAAAGCACGCACGGAACUUGGAAAUACUCGUGAGUAAAGGAGAAAGUGCGGCGCGACAAAACCUAAGCAUUCGGCAGGAGCGCAGCAAGUACUAUCAACAACGUAAAAAGUUCAAUUCAUCUUUGGCAUCAUCUCAUGAUGCCUCAGAACUUGGCGCUGAUACGACAGAUGAUUUUAUUGAAGAGUACGUUACUACUAAAGAGCCCGCUAGAAAUGUGGAUCCUGAAGACGAAACAGCAUUUCAAUUUGUGCAAGCUGAAUCAGCACCAGGUGAUCAAUAUACUGAAGAAACUGUUCUGAAACAAGAAACUAUAUCUGCUGAUGGUCAGGGCGAUCCACUUCCUACAAGUUCUAAUCUAAAACAAAAUAAUUUACGGGAUGAUACGAAAAAAGUUGGUGUCAAAAAAGAACGAAUGAAAUUACUUAUGCAAAUACAAAAGGAUAAAAACGAUCUCAUGGAUUCAUUUCGUGAACUGAUGGGUGCAUCGCAUCAGCAAUCAACGCCGAAAGAAAAAAAUCACGUGGAUUUAUUCUUUGAAAGCGUCAGCUCUAGUGUUAAAGCGUUAUCACCAAAAUUAAUUGCUGAAACCAAAAUGCGUGUAUCUCAACUGAUAUGUGAAUUAGAACUACGAGCGCUUACAGAAAAUGAGGCAAAUGCUGGCGGUAGUACUGCUGCGGUGGUAGUGUCGUCCGAUACUGGGGCCGUUAGCAAUGCGUUUAUUAUAAACCAGCCGGUGACUGCGGUAGUACAUGGAACCACAACACAACACCACACAACAGAAAGUGACGCACAUUUCGGAGCUCUUAGUUGA